AUGGUCUCUACACGAUCCCAACUCGCUACCAUCCUCAUCCUCGUCCUCGGUGUUUCCUCCGUCGCUGGAGCACCCGUAUCCCUUAAAGACCUGGGCCACUUAGAGACCACCAACGGCAAGCCAGUCUACCACAAUAAUCCCGUCGUCUAUUCUAAGAGAGUUGACGAAUCAAUCGCUACUCGAUCGUCCAAAUACGCCAUUGACUAUCUCCCCACUUGGGCAGUCGCCGCUCCCGAAGCCGAGCCCACCAAAGCUGACGCCAAGAAAGACACCAAGAUGCCCAACCCCUCGAAAUACGCUAUCGACUACCUUCCCUCGUGGGCAGUAACCGCAAAAGCGGCUUCUGCUACUAACGAAGCUGAGAAGGAUGCGGCCCACGUACUCAUGGCCACAACCAAAUCCCCUGCCCCGCCUGCCACCACUUCGACCAGGGCAUUGAAGUACAACAUCUCUAAGUACGCCAUUGACUACCUCCCUACGCGCGCCGGCGAUGUCUCCGAAGCGGAAGCAACUGUCGCCGCCGCUGACGAAGACAAAGCCACUCCUCUCGCCACGCGCUCAUCAAAAUAUGCUGUCGACUACCACCCCACCUGGGUCGCCAAUGGCCCUGCCGAAGCUACAGGUGCUGCAGAUGAAGACAAGGCUGCUCCUAUCGCCACACGUUCAUCGAAGUACGCCGUCGAUUACCACCCAACUUGGGUCGCCGGCACUCCUGUCGUGGAAGCAACAGCUGCCGCCGACGAACAAAACUAA